GUCGCAGGGGAUGCAAUUUUUUGCUUUUUUCCUUUUUUCCAGUGGUUGGUUGUAGUUGUGCUGCUGGUCGCUCGCCGCGGGGCGUCGUCAUUGUUGUUGCUAUAUCGUGCAUUGUACUGACGUUGUUAUUGUCGUUGUAGAGUUUGUUUCUUAUUUCGCAUUUGUGUGUUGUGUUGUGUUGUUUAUUUAUUAUUUUUUUUUAGGUGUGUGUGUUUUUGUGGGUUUUGGUUGGGGGGUCGUAUUGCGCGUGAGGUGAGGGGGAGGAGAUGGAAACAGGAGGGGGAAUGGAAAUGUGGAUGACGUGGGGGAUGUUUUGGGGCGCGAUGGGUGCGUUGGGAGCGGGAGCGUAUUAUGUGUUGGUGUUAGCGGGAGCCGCAGAGAGGAAAGGGAAGCGGGCGGUGGAUUUGGGGGGAGGGAGUAUUACUCGGGAGCAAGUGAGGAGUAGCUACCAGAAGUAUGCAUCGUUCUUCGAGAAGCCGAAGCAGAUCGAGGCGAAGGACAAUGUGCCGAACUUCGUGGACACUUUCUACAAUCUGGUGACGGACAUCUACGAGUGGGGGUGGGGGCAGAGUUUCCACUUCUCCCCCGCCGUGCCUGGGAAGUCGCACAAGGAGUCGACGCGAUUGCAUGAGGAGCGGGUGGUAGAUCUGCUAGGCGUGAAGCCCGGCCAGAAGGUGUUGGAUGUGGGCUGCGGUGUGGGUGGACCCAUGCGGGCAAUCGCAGCGUACUCGCAGGCGCAUGUCACUGGUAUCACCAUCAACGACUACCAGGUGGCGCGCGCGAGGAGCCACAACAAGAAGGCCGGGCUAGACAAUCUGUGCGAGGUCGUGUGCGGGAACUUCCUGUUCAUGCCCUUCGAAAACAAUAGCUUUGACGGAGCGUAUUCCAUCGAAGCGACGUGCCACGCACCGGAGCUGAAGGAUGUGUACGCCGAGGUUUUCCGGGUGCUGAAGCCUGGGCAUCUGUACGUGACGUACGAGUGGGUGACCACCCCGCUGUUCAGGGCAGACAAUGCCGAGCAUGUGGAGUGCAUUCACGGCAUUGAGCACGGGGACGCGCUUCCCGGCCUAAGGAGUUACAAGCAGGUGGGCGAGAUCGCGAAGGAGGUGGGGUUCAAGGUACUAGAGGACAGGGACCUAGCAUUGCCACCGGCAAAGCCUUGGUGGAUUCGUCUUAAGAUGGGGCGUUUGGCAUAUUACCGGAACCAUCUUGUGAUUGCCUUGUUAUCGUUCCUGGGAAUCGCCCCGAAAGGCGUGGUGGAUGUGCACGAGAUGCUCUUCAAAACAGCCGAUCAUUUGACGCGCGGAGGAGAGACGGGAAUUUUCAGUCCCAUGCACCUGCUGGUGUUGCAGAAGCCGGAGGAAGGUUUGUGAGCGCAGGUCGUGAAGGAUUGCUGCGCUCACUCCCGCGGCGAUUUUUUUUUUUUUUUUUUUUUUUUUUUUUUUUUCUCUUUCUUUUCUUUUUCCCCUCAUUUUCUGGGUCUUGAUCUCUCCUUCUUUGUUGCCCCCCGGCCACAGCAAGUGUGAGGAGGGGAGGCUUGCGAGUUGGGCGUGAGUAUGAUUAGGUGGGCCGCCAUCGGUUCCACCAAAGCCGCGUGGGAGCGAGGCAGACUAGGUGUCAAACACAUCCAAUUGCGAGUCCAUUGCUCGAGAUUGGUGUAGGUGGGAGGAGACUCUCCUGGAUACUUCGGGGUCGGGGGGGAUCUUAGGUUCAGAUUGAUUGAUUCGUGCAGUGCAGGGUAGACAAAAUGCGAGACGUGCAACAUAAUUGCUCCAGGCUAGGCUAGGCUGCCGUGGAUGUAGAGAUGAGCGGCAUGCAGCGGGGCUUGGAAGAGUUAUUGAGUGCGCGAGAGGCAUAGAAAAUUGCUCAAUAUUGACCGAUGAAUCAUUCUUCAGAGGGUGAGUAGGACCCCAGUGUAUAUCUGGCGCGGCCUUUCAGAUGGCAUUGGCAUUUAUUGAUUUGUUGUAGUGUGUGGUGAUUGCUGGCAGUGUAGAGUAGUCGAUUAUCCACCGCAGGGGCAUUUCCAGCAGUAGUUGCUAGCUAGCAAAGGAUGCUAAAAUCUCUUUUGAAAUUGAAAAUACCAUGUCAUUGUUUAAUAGAGCGUGUUGAUGGCAUGUCGCCAAGCUUUUUUCUCUUUC